CCUGUACCGAGGGAAUAAUACAAUACAAGAGCUACGUAAGUAGUUUAAGUUGGUGGCGUUGACGAGCUUACGAGAUCGCUGGAGUUGCCGUCACGUCUGAGCCGAGGAGGCGAGGUCUUUGCCUGUCGACAGCUAUAACUUCUAUUUUCAAAUCUUACUUGAAAUUCGCUUCUCAGGACGUGCGGAAGUCGCCCUGGAUUUGUUCCUCCUAAUCGUUAAUUUGCAUUUCCCCAUCCACCAUCUUGAUCAAAAUCUGAAUUUUAUGAAGCUCUGCCCUGCUCAUUUUGAUCAACAUUUGCAUGGGGAAAUUCUGUAAAAGGUGGGAUCUUGCAUCUUUUUUUUUGCUCCAAGAAAGUUCAGAUCUUUUGGAUGAAUAUGAAUGGCUUGCUUAGAUUGUGCUAAGUCUGCGACCGCUAGGGAGUUCGUGUUCUUGAAAUUUGCUGUUUUCGGCAUUGCAAUCUUCGUGUUUAAUUGAUUGGGAAGGAAUACCAGUCGAAGAGAUUUCCAUCAUUGACCAUGAACUCUACUACGGAAUCGUAGUAAGAGUUGUUUCUCUGGAAAAAAACUAGUAAUGGCUUCCCCUCCAUCGGCUGACUCGCCUCCAUCACCGCCGCCACUUUCUUCUCUCUCCCCUCCUCCGGCGUCUGACUCACCGCCCCCUCCUCCUACCGCCCCUCCUCCUUCUCCUCCCGCCCCUCCUCCUUCAGCUCCCGCUCCACCGCCAGCUUCAUCACCUCCCCCAUUACCACCGCCACCACUUCCCCCUCCUGUUGCCCUUACUCCUCCGCCUGAUGUUACUCCUCCUCCACCGCCGCCGCUGGUCUCUCCACCGCCGUCGCUUUCUCCUCCCCCUCCAGACGUGACGCCUCCUCCCCCACCUCCUUCUGCCUCUACCCCUCCCCUUCCUGAUCCACCGCCACCGCCUUCCGCAACGCCUCCUUCUAACACACCGCCGCCGCCGCCACCUGCCACGCCAGCUACGACUUCUCCGCCUCCACCGUCGCUGGCCGCACCUCCAUCUGACAACUCUACAGGCAUAACACCUCCUGCCCCUCCAAACCCCCCUUCUGCGCUCCCAUCUCCCUCCACACCCCAAAUUCUACCGACUCCGAUCAGUCCAAGCUCCAACAAUUCAGGAACUCCUAGUUCGCCCAUAGAGCGCAACAGUAGUCCAUCUCCUGGCGGCGUGAAUUCAGGAACUGCUGCUGGUAUUGCUAUUGUAACUGUGGCGGUGCUGCUCAGUUUUGUCGUCGUCGUCUUAUGGAUGGCAAGAAGGCGUAAGAAGCCGGCUCUCAACUAUGAAACAGGGUUCGCCAACCCAUCACCAUACCAAUCAUCAAUAAUGUCAGAUUCUGCUUAUUCAAGAUCUCCAUCUGCUCCUCUUGUAUCCAACUCCCACCAUAAGUCUGCAAGCGUUGUAUCGGAGUCAAUAGGCGGCGCAAUGGCUGGCUCGACAUCGUGGUUCUCUUACGAAGAGUUAUACGAGAUCACUGACGGCUUCUCGCCUCAAAAUGUUCUUGGGGAAGGAGGUUUCGGUUGUGUCUACAAAGGUUGCUUGUCCGAUGGAAGAGAAGUAGCUGUGAAGCAAUUGAAAGUUGGCAGUGGGCAGGGAGAGCGUGAGUUCAAAGCUGAAGUUGAAAUAAUUAGCCGUGUGCACCAUAGGCAUUUGGUUUCACUUGUUGGUUACUGCAUAUCGGAUAACCAAAGAUUACUCGUUUACGAUUACGUGCCUAAUGGAACGCUCGAGUCUCAUCUACAUGGGAAGGGACAGCUAGUUAUGGAGUGGACGACUAGGGUUAAAGUUGCAGCUGGCUCGGCUCGUGGCUUAGCGUACCUGCAUGAAGAUUGUCAUCCAAGAAUUAUUCAUAGAGAUAUAAAGACUUCAAACAUUCUACUGGAUAACAACUUUGAAGCACAGGUUUCUGAUUUCGGGCUCGCAAGGUUAGCUAUGGAUGCCUGUACACAUGUUACUACGCGUGUAAUGGGAACUUUUGGAUAUUUGGCCCCAGAAUAUGCAUCGAGUGGUAAGUUGACUGAGAAAUCCGAUGUAUUUUCGUUCGGCGUUGUGCUUUUGGAACUAAUAACUGGAAAGAAGCCUGUUGAUGGCACUCGCCCUUUAGGUGAUGAAAGUCUUGUUGAGUGGGCACGGCCGUUGCUUGCCCAUGCAAUUGAAACCGGAGAUUUCGGAGAAUUGCCUGACCCCAGGCUUGGAAAUAACUACAAUGAAACUGAAAUGUUCCGUAUGGUUGAAGCAGCUGCAGCAUGCACACGCCAUUCUGCUUCAAUGAGGCCUCGUAUGGGAAAGGUGGUGCGAGUUCUCGAUAGCUUAGCAGACAUCGACCUCACCAACGGCGUCAAACCAGGCCAAAGUGAAAUGUUCAAUGUGGCACAAACCGCCGAUAUCAGACUAUUUCAGAAGUUGGCAUUUGGAAGCCAAGAAUUUAGUGCCGAAUACAGCCAGUCAAAUUGGAGUCGCCAGUCAGAGCUGUGAUCAGGAUAAGUUUGUUGGUCUUGGAACUGUUUCUACCUCUCUGCUGGCACAUUGCACUAGCCACUACUUGCCUACUCUUCCUUCUUUUUUUCAGAAACGUUGUUGGAGCCUUUAGGUUCCUAUUACUCUGUUGAUCCUUAUCAGGAUCAGAGAUGUAAGCUUUUGAGAGAGUUUCUCAGCUCAAGGAGGAUCUUGUAUUUGGUAUCAACAUCAUCUGCAUUGUAGAUGCAAAACUGUCACAUUGAUUUUGAUGAUAUCUAAGUCCUUAUUUUUUCAUUUC